AUAAUAUUAAAGAUCUAUCUAGUGAGUCUAGACCCAACGGAGAAAAUGGACAGUAUUCCCUUAGAAAUGGAUGACAUUUUUGCAGAAUAUGAAGACGAAGAUGAUAUUAAUCCCACAAGACUGCCUGAUCUUGAGGAUGAUGUAGAACCAAUGAGAAACAGUGAUGGUGCUGGUAGUGGGCAGGAAGAAAAUGAAGAACUGUUGGCAAAACUCAAAAGUAUGAAAGGGGCUUCCAAAUCUACUGUUAAAAAACCUCAACCCAAAUUGGAUGGAUCUAGAUUAACCGGUGAACGUGGCAUUCCCAUUCUUCCAAAGGUUUUUAAAAAUGUUAAACUGAAAGGUGCAAAUCAUGAGGCUGAGGAUCUCAGAGUCAUUAUGCGACACCUUGAACAUUGGGGACAUAGAUUGUUUCCAAAGAUGACAUUUGACGAAGUGCUUGACAGAGUAGAGAGACUAGGCUCUAAAAAAGAAGUUCAGAGUUGUGUAAAACGAAUUAGGCUUGAUAUGAAUGUGUUACCUGGUGAUGAAGUUGAAGAGGAAGAUAAUGUUCAAAGGGGCACACAAGUGGAGGCAACAGAUGAUGCAGUUAUUAGAACUUCAAAUGCUUCAUUUGAAAUAGAUGAAGAAGAGAUAGAAGCACUUAUCAGAGAUCAGGAGCAACCAGUGUCUGAUAGGACACACGAUUGGGCAGCCACACUUCCUGUAUCAGCUACACAACAAACUCCAGCUCAAAAAGAAACUCUCUCAGAUGAGGUCAAGGCAAGAAUAGAAAGAAAUAAACAAUUAGCACUAGAAAGGCGUGCUGCAAAAGCCAGUUUAAGCUCAAUAGCAGAUAGCACAGACAAAGAAUCUUCUCAAAAUAAAGGACACAAUGAACAGACAGAACCAAUUACAUCAGUUGUGGAAAAUAAUUUAUCAAAUUCCCACAACGUUUAUAAAGAACCACAAGAUCAAGACACCAUAGGUGAAUAAUAUGUACAGGACUUCAAUUAUUCUACAACUUAAAAUACUGUCUUAAUAAUUAAGUUUUUUUACCUGGAUUUGUUAUAAAGACUUGCGUAUUGGCAUCACCUCUAGAACGGUUCUCAUGGAAAAUUACACUUUCUUAAUGGGUUUGAUAAUUUAAUGUUAAAUUUGAAUUCUUAAUGUUCUAAAUUAAAAGUAUUAUGUCACGGCCUUUUCUGCUGCCAAUCAUGGCACAAACUCAAAAAAACAAAUACCAACCGCUCUCCUCCUUUGUUAUUACAUAUUAUAGUCUGAUUUAUAACAUUAAACAACCCACGUUCAGGAAAUUUUCAUGAUUUUAUUGGUUCAUUGAUACAACAACUUCACUGCCAAAACAUCGCCAUUUUCUUCCCGCUCUCUAUCUCCUUGCUUCCUUUUUUUAGCGCAUGCGCACACCCACACUAUA